CCCUCCAAAGAGAGAGUAAAAAAGAAAAAGAAAAAGAAAAAGAACAAAGGAGGGAGAAAAAGAAACAAGCAGACGGCACAAGCUCCUCCUUGUCCAAUCCAAAUAACUUGAAAUCCGACCCACUUACCAACGAUUCUCUCUUUGCUACAGUAAGCACAAAACCACCUCCAUUAAUAAGCAAGCAAUGAGUUUGGCGUUCCUCCAGGGCUAUUCUUCCGCUGAAGAAGAAGAAGAAGCCCAAAAUCACCGCCUCCAUUACCAAAACUCAAACUCGUCGGACGACGACGAAGAUGAUGACCAAAGUCACAAACCCAAAUCCGUCUUUGACUUUCCCAAACCUCCCUCCCCUUCCAUUGCCUCUGGCCUUCCUUCUGCAUCUGACGUCUUCUCCGAGAUUUGUGGACCGCCCGAUUUCCUCAAUAACUGCGUACAAGAAGACGGUUCUACGAGGGAUGACGGUCCCCAGAAAGGGAGGCAUGGUGCCCGCAAUGCCAAACUUCGCAAGGACAAGAAAGAUUUACCUGCUGGUGCUGUAGUGGAGUCCAAAGCUCAGUUAGUUGGAAUCCAUGAACGAGUAAGAAGUGAUUUUGCGGGUAACCAACCUCCAACAUCAAUAGUUACAAGCACGGCUCAAGGUGGCAAGCGUCUGCCAACUGCAACGAAUCCUAGUGCAGAGGAUGCUGCAGAGCUUCUGAGGAUGUGUUUGCAAUGUGGAAUACCCAAGACCUACUCCAAUGCACGGGGAAUGGUCUGCCCAGCUUGCGGUGAUCGUCCUGUAGACACAACCAACGAUUCCAAGAAGAAGGGAUCUACCAUCAAAGAUAAGGAGAAGAGUAAGAGGAUGAAGGGCCAGUCAUCUCAUGGUACAUGGAAAAGUGAAACUGAAAUGCAGCUUCGGCAGCAGUUUGACUAGUAGAAGUUUGUUCAAAUAUUACCUGGAAUAGCAUAACAUCUCGUAGGUUUAUGGUUGUAUCAUCUAGCUGACCCAUUAGUUCAGUUAGCAAACCCAAAGUUCAUCAGGGCGUAUGGGAAGUAUUCUGUGUUUUGGUUUCAUGUCAAAAUGUGUUUAUACUCGUUUCUGU